CCAUAAAACAUAUAUAUCUCCAUAGACACCACCUUCUAUCAGAGUUACUGAGUCAAGCGAGUCGACUCAACAGUCAACACCUCCAACAAUGCCUACAACAACCCCCAAACCAACCCUUCCAUGCAAGGUGCGCUUAACAGUCUCCUUUCUCUCAUUCGUCAUCGGCAACUCUCUCCGCUCUAACGGCACCGUCAACCGCCGUCUCAUCAGCUUCUUCACCCGUAACGUCCCUCCAAACCCUAACCCCGUCGACGGGGUCACCACCUCCGACGUCAUCGUUGACACCACUCGCAACAUCUGGUUCCGCGUCUUCGUCCCCUCCGCCGCUGCCUCCGCGGCAUCCCUCCCCGUUGUCGUAUUUUUCCACGGUGGUGGCUUCGUGUUCUUGUCUCCGGCUUCAAAACCGUACGACGACUUUUGCCGCUUCUUCUGCCGUUCCCUAAACGCCGUUAUCGUCUCCGUUAACUAUCGUCUCGCUCCCGAGCACCGUUACCCUUCCCAAAACGACGACGGUUUUGACGUCCUUAAGUACCUCGACGAAAACGGCGCCGUUUUGGGGAACACCGCUGACGUCAGCAAGUGUUUUUUGGCGGGAGAUAGUGCGGGUGGGAACAUAGCUCACCACGUGGCGGUUCGGGUUUGCAAGGAGGGGCUCCGGUUCGUGAAAAUUAUCGGGUUGGUUUCGAUUGAACCGUUUUUUGGAGGAGAAGAGCGAACCGAGUCGGAGCUAAUGACGGUUGACCCGAUGGUUUCGGUGGAGAAAACCGAUUGGUAUUGGAAGGCGUUUUUGCCAAACGGGUCGGAUCGAGACCAUGGAGCGGUUAAUGUAUGUGGGCCGAAUGCAAUGGAUAUUUCGGGUUUGGAUUACCCGAAUAGCCUUGUGGUGGUGGCGGGUUUUGACUCGAUUAAGGAUUGGCAAAAGAGGUACUGUGAGUGGUUGAGGAAAUCGGGUAAAGAGGCUGAGUUAAUUGAAUAUCCAAAUAUGAUCCAUGGUUUUCACUUGUUCCCCGAUUUGCCCGACACUCCUCUCUUUCUUUCUCGUGUCAAGGAUUUCAUCUCCAACCAAAUCGGAAUUCCCACUCUCAAUUUCAAUUUUUAAUUAUUAGUAAUUUUAAUCUAUGUUCUCUUUUACCUUAUGUCAAUUUAUAUUUGAGAGAACAUUUUAACUUAUUUAAUGUCACCUUAU